UUCAUUGUACGGGCUGCUGCUGCUGAUGCUGACAACCAUAGCGGACGGGGCGAUUUUCUUUUCUCCAAUAAAUGCAGCGUGUCAUGGAAACGGUUUCACGCAGAUUAGGACUCCACACAUGAUGAGGAUCGAUUACGAGGUAAGCCCUUUUUUCUGAUAGGAGAAUGAGGAAGAGGAGGAACUGGAAACCUUGGGAGCGCCUCGGAAAGUUUCUGUGAAGUCUCAAUGAAAGCAUUAGAAGAGCCUCUCUAGUAAUUGACUCAAUGGCCAAGAAAGGGCGUACGAAGAGCGAGAAGCCCGAAGCGCUCAUCUCUGCCCUGCAGGCAGCCAAUGAAGAUCUCAGGUCCAAGCUGACUGACAUUCAGAUAGAGCUACAUCAAGAAAAAUGCAAGGUGAGCAAACUAGAGCGCGACAAGGUCCAGGAGGUGAAGCGGGUGCGAGAGCAGGAGCAGCACCGUCACACUGCCAUGUUGACAGAGCAGCGGGCCAAGUGGCACGAGGAAAAGCAAAAGGAGCUCCAGGCUCUCAGGGAAAACCUGACGCGGCAACAUGAGCAGGAGCUGGCCCGCCACGCCAAAAUCAAAGAGCAGGAGAACCAGAGGCUCAAAGCCGCGCUGAAUGCCAUGCGUGACGGCAGCGGAGAGAAGGUGCGCACAGCGCUGACCCUGGAAGCCAAGGAAGACGCACGCCGCUUCUUUGACCAGGAGAGAGUGAAGCUCUUGCAGGAGAUCGCCGAGCUGAAGAGUCUCAAGAAGCAGACCGAUGAGGCUCUCAGCACCAUGAUCCAGUCUGACAAGAUGAAGGCUGGCGACCUGCGGGUGGAGCACCAGCAGCACCAGGAGCAGAUCUCCAAGAUCAAGUGGGACUGUGAGAGGGACAUCCGCAGACUGGUGGAUGAAAUCAAAUCUAAAGACCGCACCAUCUUUGCUCUGGAGAAGGAACUGGAGUCAACAGCAGGUUUUUUACAGAAGCUCCAGCUUCAGAAGGACGCCCUGGACGAACAGCUGUUCCUCGUCAAGGAGGCUGAGUGUGGCCUGGGGAGCCCGAAAAGAGAAAUCCCAGGCAGAGCUGGAGAUGGAGCUGAGCACUGUGGUAGCCCAGACAUGAGGAGAAACCAGAGGCGCAUUGCUGAACUCAACUCGACUAUACGCAAAUUAGAGGACCGCAACUCACUGCUGGUCGAUGAGAGGAAUGAACUGCUAAAGCGAGUUCGAGAGUCAGAGAAGCAGUGUAAGCCCCUGCUGGACAAGAACAAGCUGCUGAGUAAAAGGAAUGAUGAUUUGACUCAGACUAUCCAGAAGCUGGAGGAGAAACUCAAGAGCCUGGCCAAGGAGAACCAUGAGAUGAAGGAGAAGAUCAGCUCCCAUCCUCCACUGAAGAAGCUGAAGUCUCUGAAUGACCUGGACCAAGCACAUGAUGACCAGGAAAUAGCCUUUCUCAAGCUUCAAGUCCUGGAGCAACAAAGCAUGAUUGAUGAGCUGACAAGAGACCGAGAAAAACUACUAAGAAAGAAAAGGCAUAAAAGAAGUUCAAGGCCAAUUAAGAGGCACAUCGUAGUAGACACCUUCUUUGGGUACGAUGAAGAAUCUAUGGACUCGGAGACGUCAUCAGUGGCGUCGUUCCGGAUGGACAGAACUCCUGCUACUCCUGAUGAAGACCUGGAGGAUGGUCUAGCCAAUGAGGAGUCGGAGCUGCGUUUCCGUCAGCUGACCAGAGAGUAUCAGGCCUUACAACGAGCCUAUGCCCUGCUGCAGGAACAGAAAGGGGGCAUUCUAGACGCUGAGAUGGAGGCCAAGGCUCAGGAGCAGCUCCAAGCAGACGUGCUCAGGUAUAAAGCCAAAAUAGAGGACUUGGAGAAGGAACUGACCCUGAAGGGGCAGGACUCCAAAUGGGUAGAGGAGAAGCAACUCUUUUUACGGAGGAAUCAGGAGCUAUUGGAGAAGGUGGACAAGAUGGAGUCAGAGUGCAAUCGAGAGCAGCAGGAGCUGCAAGACUCCAAAGACCAGAAUGAACUGCUGGAGUUCAGGAUACUGGAGCUCGAAGAGCGUGAGAGGAGGUCCCCACCAUUCAACCACCUGAGGAUGCAUCCAUUCUCUGAGGGAGUCAGUGCACUGCAAAUCUACUGUAUGAAAGAGGGGGUCAAGGACGUGUGCAUACCAGACCUCAUCAAACUUCUAGACAUUCUGGGAGACAACGGGAACUUAAGAAAUGAGGAGCAAGUGGCCAUUAUCCAGGCCAGUACUGUUUUGUCACUAGCAGAAAAGUGGAUUCAGCAGAUUGAGGGGACGGAGGCAGCGCUGCACCAGAAGAUGAUGGACCUGGAAAUAGAGAUGGAGAUGUUCUGUAAACAGAAAGGAUAUCUAGAAGAGGAGCUGGACUACAGAAAACAGGCCCUAGACCAGGCGUACAUGCAAAUCCAGGAGUUGGAAGCAACGUUAUACAACGCCCUGCAACAGGAUAAGGUUAUAAAGUAUGGUGAACCUCUGGAUGAGCUUCAGAGGGACGAGCUGCGGACGGCGGUGGAGAAGCUGAGGAGGCAGAUGCUGAGGAAGAGUCGAGAGUACGACUGCCAGAUCCUCCAGGAGAGAAUGGAGCUGCUGCACCAGGCACACCAGAGAAUUCGUGACCUUGAAGACAAGACGGAAAUUCAGAGGAGGCAGAUUAAAGACCUGGAGGAAAAGUUUUUGUUUCUGUUCUUGUUCUUUUCUCUUGCCUUUAUCCUUUGGCCUUGAAGUCUUUGGCGUGUCCUGUAGCAGAGGUGGUGUGCCAGCUUGGAGAUCUUGUUUGUGACUGCAGUGUUAUUUAUUUUCUGGACAAGUGUGGAACAGUGUGCGUAGCAGUGGCUGCUAGUGUCAUAACAUCAGUGACUGCUGUCAGUGUAGGUGGAUGUAUCGUGUGUCGGCCCUGGACGUUCACACUUCAGAUUUUAUUCUUUUGGUCUUUUAAUGGGGGUGGGGUUCUCAGGAUACUGCCCAGGAUGACGUUAUUUUUAUUUUUUAAUUUUUUCGAGCGGUGUUGGACAUUAAACGUCUCUCCAAACAGCUGGGAGUACUGUAACAGGCUGCAAGAACGACACACAAUUAUAGAGACACUUACAGUAGAUGCAGACACACACAUAUACCUACAUACACGCAGAUUACGGACACUCAUGCAUAUACAGACGCAUGCAGAUGCAAACACGUGCAUAUACACACACAUGCUUUGACAAAUCCAAACCAAAGCCUGGGAAAUGUUCUCUCUGCCAUGCAGGGUAAUAAUAUGUCAUUCACCACCAUCCAGCCACUGUGGGGAUAUAAGCAGACAGAAAAACUCAUAAACAACGAGACAAACGGACCACAACUUCUCUUCUUUUUCUCUUCUUUCCUUUCCAAACCCGAAAGGACGUUCUUCACGAAUGCAACCUCUUGGUGAUAUAGAAGCGAGCCAACUCAGGGCCCAUGAGUGCGGAGGCCAGUACUGGUUUCAGGUCAGAUUAUACUGAGGAACACUGUGGGACAUGGUGUGUCACCGGCCGGCCUGCCCUCGCUGUUCCCAGAAUGGUGCUUACACAGACUGCUUGGACUCUCCGGAGAUUAUACCUGGAAAAAGACAGAACUCCACUGCAGAGACUGGUGUGUGUACAGACACUGAAAGGGGGAUACAGGACGCUCAGGUUGACACGUCUUCACCGGACACAUGAAACAGACUUAAGUGAAGAGGGGGUAAAAAAGAGAAAGAAAAGAUCACAGGGGGGAAACGACACUCUCCGAUCCAGCACCCUGGAUCUUCACAGAUUGUCAAACCGCUUCUUAAUUAUUUCUCAAAAACCAGCAGACUGUAAGAGCUUUACUCUCUGGUUACCUUCUGUUCCUCCUUUCUUUUUUACAGCUCCUACCACUUAGAUACUGUGUCCCAAGAUUUCCACUGAGAAAACAUCCCUAUUCUGUACUGUAAUAUAUACAUUUGUUGAUAUGUACAUGCGUCUGAAUUAUUUCAUGUAGUCUCCCCUUUUUAUUUCUGUGAAUAGUUACACUUUAAUUUGACUCUCUGAAGCAGCUUGAACAGUUGGUGUAGUUUAUAAAUGACUCAAAAAGGGUAUAAAUUGCUCUGUUUUAUUGUGGUGACGGCUGCACAGAUGAACUUUAUCUCCUUGGAAAUUAUAACUGAAAAAUCUGUUGGAAUAUGAAUGUGGAAUAAUGAAAUAUUUGCCUCCCUUUUCCUUCAAUCCUCCCUCUAUCACAUACUGUAUUUAUUACUCUGUCUAAAAGUGUGUCACUCCCGUUGACCAGCAGGGGGUGCUGGUUUCACCUGAGCGGCUUUCAAUCUGCCCUUUAAAGUUACAUCAUCUUUUGACAAACUUGUAAAUAUUUUCGGACUACAUUGCAAAAUAUUUAUCAACUCUAGUCGGAUGAUUGGUCGGUUUAAAUUCAAAUCUUACAGUGACAUCAUCAGUACGUCCUACAUGGACCAAAGCUAAAUUCAUCAGAUGAACUUCAUAUGAUUCAAAUGACAUGACAAACAAGUAAAGUCACAAAUUUCUCUACCAGAACAUCACUGCAGUUUCUCUCUUCCCCUCUUUUUUACUAACAAAAAUCGUCUUUGAUACUAACAACACUCUUUUACGAAACACUACUGGUCACUUCCCCAAAAUGAAACAGGAGAAAGUGAAUGCAACACUACACCUGCUCCACUUCUCUCCUGUCAAGCUAACUCUGCCCAGUCCCUGCAAUAUUAACUAGCUGACCAAGCUUGUUCCCCUGUGUACCUGAGCUAGUGUAUCUGCCAUCAUACCACCCCGCUGGCUCCAUUCACAGGUCCGGGGUAUCAAGGCAUCUCAUUACAUAGCGGACAGUGACCACUCCAUUCACUUUACCAAGGGGAAUGACUGAGACUAUUUUUGUGCAAACUCAGCUAACUAGCAGUUGCCUUAAAUGCACUCCCCCCCCCCCCCCCUUUUUUUUUCCCGCUUGUAUCUUCCUUUGUAACAAUUAUUUUUUCAGGCGGUUGAUAUAAUCAUGUAAUGUAAUGUAUAUUUUUUGUCUUUCUUUCACAGAGGAAUUUUUUUUAUCUUUACCCCGUCUGUCUUCCAGCCAGAAUUUAACCCCUCCUCCUUCUUUCGUCUAGAUUAUUACAGAAACGGAAAAAAAGGAGUAAUGCUGUAAAAAAUAAACAAAAAAAAAACAUGGCCUUUGAC